GAACGAACGGAACGAAAAAUGAGAAUAAAAAAAUGAAAGGUCGUCGAACCUGGGCCAGCGUUUUUUGAGAGGGGAUAAGUUUAGAUCCUAUUCUACGGAAUGUCCUACUAGUGGACCCCUCAGGAGAGGAAUCGUCUUUCAUUCACGUAACACAAUGUCUCCAAGGAAUUAUCCAAUCUUAAAAUAACAAAAAAAAAACAAAACAAAAAAAAAUGGAACAUACGGUAAGGAUGUACAGUAUCGUACAGUCGAAAUUCCGGUCAAACAAAUCCCAAAUUCGUUUGAUCGAGGUUUUACUACGUAAACACGAGCGUUUCAUCCUUGAAUAUGUAUACAAAUAGUAGAUGUUUUACCGCUGCCUGAUAAACUGACACGGUUGGACACCCGUCGUUACAAGCGAAGCCACAUUUGGAGUCCGCGAGAACCGCAGUGGGGAGAACCGAUCACGUGGGCCGCGUGGAUGGAUCAACAUCUCGCCGAGUAUUUCAGUUUUCCUUAGAUCUCGCAGUAUGAGUCGGGACGGCGAAGUAGCGACAACGAUGAGGAUCGUUGCACUGUUGUUUCUAUUCGGCACGAUUGCCGGUAGCAACGACACUCUUUACAACGAGAUCCCGACUACAGAGUCGGCGGAGGAUUUAGAAGAAAAAGUGGACGAGCACGGGUUCGCGAAGAACAAAACGUUGCACGAGAUCUUCAACGAUGCUGUUCACGCGUAUCUCGAGGAAGACUGGGACCGUUGCAUCAACGACUUCAACGCAGUUUCGCAUGGGUACAACGUUUACAAACGCAGGAUGAUAAAUUGUCGACAAAAGUGCAGGGCUAGCGCCGCCGGCACGGCACCGAUAUUCCCGGAAAACAUAGAGGAUCUGCACUUUUACGAGAAGAAAGUGAAAGAAACGUUGUGCCUUCUGAUGUGCAAUCAAGAAUAUCGCGAGAUCGCCGGCUCGAAAGCUUUGAAGAUGUUGCCGCGCGAUACCGAACAUAAAUUGAUGGAUCUCGUCCCUUACGAGUACGUGCACAUCUGCUACCAUCAGAAAGAGCGUUACCAAGAUGCGGCGAACGCGAUCUUCACUUACCUAGUCAGGCAUCCGGAACACGAGGCGAGCACAGCAACUUUGAAAAAUUAUUUAACGCUGCCCGGUGUAGAGCCGGAAAACGUCGUAAACUUAGAAGGAGCGCCGUAUGUCAGCAUGUACUUGAGAGCAGUGUCGGCUUACGAGAACGAAAACUACGCAGAAGCGGCGAGUCUCUUCGAAGCGUCGCUGAGAUCUUAUUUGGACUCCGAAGAGGAGUGCAGAUUUUACUGCGAGGGUCCCUUCGAUCAGGGUUGGCUUCCAGAGUUCACGUCCUCCAUCGCCAACCAUUUCGCGCAUUGUUUGAAGUGCAAGCGAUCAUGUUCCACCUUGUUAAACAACGUAAACGGCAAUUACCAGAAGGACAUACUCUGGACUCACUACGAUUAUUUGCAAUUCUCCUAUUACAAACUGGGCAACUUGAAGGCAGCCUGCGCUAACGUGGAAAGUUUCUUGUUGUUCAAUCCCAUCGACGAGUCGAUGCUUCAGAACAAGAAAUACUACAGGGCUCAACCAAAAGUGAAAGAGGAGGACUGCGUUCCGAGACAGGAAGCUCUUAGCUACGCGAAAAGACAGGAAUACGAAUUCAAUCUCUUGCGCUACAUUUCCAACGAGUUCUCAGCCAUCGACGCUAAACUCGCAAAGAUGAAGAAGAAGAAAUCCGAAACGAAGAGCGGCAAAAGCAAAGAGAAGGAGCUAGGAAAGAAAUUGAGUUCGGAGGCGACAUUGUAUACACCGCCUGGCCAUUCGUCGCUUUCUCACACGCAACUGGUAAAAAAUUUGUCUAUGAUACGAGACGAAGGACACGAGAUACGCGACGUACCACGGCGUAAGGUCAACGUCGAUAUCUAUCUAGUGGCGGAAGAGAAAGAGCUUGGCGAAAAGAAUCGCUACGUGGCUGACGGAUUCCUCAACUCUACGGAGUGCGGUCUCUUGAUGGAGUUGGCCUCGAUGACUGCGGUGGAAGGAGACGGAUACAGCGAAUUCAAAAGCCCGCACUCCAAGUACGAACGAUUCGAAGGGAUCACGAUAGGAAGAAUCGCGUUGAUGGUAUACGUGGGGCAAAUAGAAACUGAACGAUUGCAGCAGCUUUUGGAAAAAACAGAGGAGGCGCGUAGCCACGUGGAAAGGUAUUUCGGACUAGAUCGGCCACUGUAUAUCACCUACACCCAUUUGGUCUGCCGUACGGCUCUACCUGGUAAUUUUCAUCUGAUGCAUCAACGUGCUUCUGGUUCCUUUCGCAGCUGUAAUCGCGUCGCAUCGAUUUACUUGGUACGGCACGUGGAUUCGCCGACGGAUCGAAACGACUUGAGUCACCUAGUUCACGCUGACAAUUGUAUACUGAUGGAUAAAGGUACUUGCAUCCGCGAAAGCCCAGCCUACGUCUGGAGGGAUUACUCGGCGAUCCUCUACCUGAACGACGACUUCCAGGGCGGCGAGUUCUUCUUUGCGAAGGAUCGCACGAAACGAGAGUUGGACGAUCUAGUUUUCCCGCGUUGCGGGCGUAUGGUGGCCUUCUCCGCUGGCGAAGAGAAUCUUCACGGUGUACGCAGCGUUCUUCGAGGCAGAAGAUGCGCGUUAGCUCUGUGGUUCACUCAGAACGAGACGCACAUGGAGUACGAGAGGAUCCUGGCUCAGGCGAUCUUGAAGCGUGUCCGUUCGGUUGGACCUCUUCGAGAAAAAGGUGUCCAGGUGCCUCUAAGGUACGAGGACGUGCUCUUCCAAUACGCGAGCAACGACGAGUUGAUAAGGCAUUUUCUAGGCAAUGCUUCGUGAACUAGAAGCAUAGUCAACGAAGAUCUUUAGUAUUAUAUUACGAGUUUCAGAAUUUUCAUAGGCGAAU